UCGAACAAAAAAGUCUACAGUUUCUGUUUAUAUUGGAACGCUUAGGCUAUGUGCAUAUUAUAAUUGUGUUUAUUAAAAAAAAAAUAUAAUCAAAGUGUGCAAUUUUCGGGCGUGGCUAUUGCAAAAUGCAACCCUUAAAGUAUUGACUAAAUGCAUCAAUGCCAUCUGUUAUGGAGAGGGAUGCGCGUUGACAUAUGUGAAUAUAGAUGAACUUCAGAUAGACAUGUUUAAAAAUAUACCCAAGUAUCAACCAGAGGAUUCGUUGAAGUAAGAGUCAUGUUUUCUACCUUUUCUGCAAAUUUUAAUUGAUUGGAAUGGGAAAUUAAAUGUUCCAAUUGGAAUUAAAAUUUGGUGAAGGUAGUUGCACAUUGUCCAUCUUGCAACAUUGAGCACCUGCUUCAGCUCGAUCCAGUUCAUUUGUGCAAUUUCGCCAUUUUGUGCAGUUCUCCUCUCAGUUGUAAACAAUCUGUUGCUCUGUGCUCUCCGAGAAGAUGGCAGAUGAAAGAAUCCACGACAUCUCCGGCGAGCCCUUCGAAUUCAGCAAGGGUCAAAGGCUGAUCGUGUUUUCCCAAGAGGGGAGAUUCGAAGGCGAUUUCGUUAGUACUGUGGAUGACUGUAUUCGUCUCACUAACGUUAUAGAGUUGGACCAUCGCAGCAAUGUAAGGAUGCCGUUCAUGAUGUUUAUGAGAACACAGAUGCAGUAUCUUCAACUUGUGGAGCCUAAUUUGAAGAGAGAUGAGGAUGGGCUAGUUGAUUACGACAAUGUUCUGUCUAUAAGCGAGUUUAAUGAACUCGACGAUCUGGUUUCUAACUACGUUUACAUCAGCGAGAGGAACAGGAAGUAUUACAGAGCUUACGACAACUUGUCGCAUGUGGAAAACAUCGGGGUUGUGGGAAUAGGAAGAAAUUUGGGAAGGUCUGGGAUUUUAGACGUCAUCGUCCUAAGUUCUUGGAGGCAUAUCUAUAUUUUUGAUUUGUUCCUUAUGGGUUUUGAGAAGAUGCCCCGGGAGAUCAGAUGGUUGAUGGAAUCAAAUGAUAUAACUAAGGUGAUGCACGAUUCGAGGCAAAUCGUUGAUUGCCUCCAUUUUCGCUACAACGUGCAGAUCGUUAACAUUUUCGAUACUCAGUUUACCGAUUACAAACUCGUAAUGAAAACUAUGACUGGGGAGAUACCAAGAGAACUUUCCGGUAAAAAUCUGAGCGAAUGCCUCACUGAGUAUCUUGGAGUACCACAGCGCGUCUUCGAAGAGGCUAUGUCUAUGAAGCGUGAUGUGUGGUGCAAUAGACCCUUCACGCGUCGCAAGCAGUAUUUGGCUUCGCAACUUGCUGCUUACUUAAUAACUCUUAAAAAGAGGCAAGAAGAUCUCCUACUUAGUGAGUAUAAACAUGAAGUUUCCAAGUACAUCUACGGCACUCUGGAAAUUGGAAUUCACGAGGCCGGAGCCAUGUUCCACUGCCCCCAAUAUGUAGUCUCCUAAACGUCUACAAAAAGCCUAUUUAUAUAAGUGUCUAUAUGUUUAUAUGUAUGUACAACCGUUUCACAAAUUGUCUAUUAUAUGUUUACAAUUUAGAAGUAUCUUUAAGGAACUAUACACUAAUUAUUAAUUCGUGUUAUAGGAAAACCUAUAUAACUUUUCCUAUAUA